GCGAUUUUGCAUCGAAAUUGAAUUGAAUUGAAUAUAUUGAAAAUUUUACUUACUUGUCUCCACCAGUUCCAGUUUUGGCUUUCCUCUUAUUGUGAAGUGAAUGAACAAAAAUCUUGUCAUGGUCUUCAUUCUAACGAUCAGUCAUCAGGUUAUCCUCAGGAGAUUAAUUUCUCCUUUCAAUUCUUGAUCUAACAGCAGUGUUGUUGUGUUGUGCUACCAUUGCUUCCUUGAAACCACAUACCUCAGCUCUUUUAGAGGGGUCUCAUUGGAUGGAGAAGGAUGGAAAGCUACGUUGAUAAUGUUUUUUACUUAAUGAAGUGAAAUACUUUAUGAUUGUGAACAUUGAGCCGUCAGUUUUCAUGCAGACACUCUUCGGCCUUCUGAGUGUCAAACCAAACUUACAGAAAUGGUAGCUGAUCACUGAAAUUUGUGAAUUCAAAAGGUGUGCUCCAUGAUUGAUGCUGCCAACAUGAAACCAGUGCAGAUUACUUGUGCAUGGCAGGAAUGCCAUGAUGAGAACUCAGGGUAUCCUUAUUACUGGAACAUGACAACCAACGAGGUAACAUGGGAGAUGCCUGCGGAAUAUCAGCUUGCUCUGCAAAAGUGGCAACUUCUUCAGCAGCAGCAGUUGAACAGUAAAAAAGCUGAAACUUCUUUAAGCAACUCCUCUGCGUCCAUUAGUGAAAAGUUGGAAGCUUGUAAAAAUAAACUCAGCAAUAAUCAAAAGGAAUCAGCUCUUCCAAAAAAGAAGUAUCCAUUCGACUCGGAUUCAGAGGAAGAUGAGAAAAUUGAAUUGAUCACCUCAUAUGGGUCAGAUUCCAGCGACAGCUCAGAUAGUGAAAGCUCUCCCAAAUCAAAAUCAACUAAGGAAACCUCGAAAGUAAAUUCAAGUAAAAAUAAGUCAAUUGUGCCUCAAAUCUCAAAAUCUCAUAGCAAAGAGGAAGCUCAGACUAAAUUUCCUAGCAGUUACGGCCCUUGUUUUCCACCUGGUGCGACAGUCAACACCUCAAAUCCGUCCAAAGCAGUAGAAAAAUUGGAUGGUAAAAAAGGCAAGAGUAUUUCGCUGGUUCCAUAUGGAGAUCCGGACACUACCGUGAACAGUGAAUCAUCUGUUUCUAACCUAAAUUCGGAUAGCACUGCUGUUGAUCAUAAUUCCUCUGAUGAAACCAAAGUUUCAGGAAGUGAAUCUGCAACAGCUGAAAUUCGAUCAGACGAGGAAGAGAGCGACGAAGAAGAAUUUGAUGAAGAUGAAAGUUUGAUCUUGUCAAAACUCAGGAGUCAGGCAAUGGUUCUCAAACAGCUUGGAGGUGAAAUUCCAGAUGAAAUCAAGUGCUUGAUUGACAGUGAAAACCCUGAUAUUGGUAUCGAUGACAUCAUAGCGCUGAUAGAGAAUGAAACCCCGCCUGAUCAUGCUACAAACUCAGACUGUGAUAAAUCAUCCUCAAAAUCACCAUCAACAGAUGAAAAAGGGUCUAAAACAGUCGAAGAAGUGAACUCGCCAAAAUCAGUGUUGGAAGGAAGCAACCCUGAAUUUUCCAAGGCCAAUCAACCCUCCUCUUUUGCCUUGAUCGCAGGCUACGGUGAUGAUUCUGAUCAAGAGGAAUCCAGCUCCCCUCCUAAAAGCACUGGUAGUGGAACUGGUGCAGUCAAAAGGAAGGCUUUAUUUCCCAUCGAUGAAAAACCAAACAAAAGUCCUGUCCCUAGCAAAUUAGAAAUAAGUUCAAAACCAGCAUUCAAGAAAAUCAAACUGUCAGCCAGAGCAAAAGCGUUGAUCAACGCUAGUAUAAUUACCGCAAAGGCACGUGCAACACCCUCUAUUCCUCUCUCGGAAGAAAAUACGUCAGAUGUGAAGUCUGAUGUUGCUGCUUGCCCAGCACCAGCUAAGGAGGAGGUACCAGUGGACAGUUUACCUGUGAAAGAUCCUGUGACAGUAAAUCAAGGCGCCUCAUCACCAACAGUAGUCAAAGAAGAAAUAAAACCUGCACCAAGUGAAAAAGAAGUUAAAGAAGAAAAGAAAAUUCAAGAGGUAACAAAGAAAAACAUUGCAGUUCCCACUGUUGUUCCUGUGAAUGGAAUUGGUGCAAUUCAAGCUUCUUCGGAAGUGAAACCAUCAACAUCAUCCCUUGCCACUAGCUCAAAAUCAUUUAAACCCGCUCUCUCAACAGUCUCGUCACAAUCAAACUGUUACACUUCUGUUUGGGAUAGUGCAACAACAUAUGCUGUGGAUGAAAAAAGAGGUUUUGGUUUCAGUGAUGACCUCAAACCUGCCCCCCCUACAUCUUCUUCAUUUUAUCGAAGCAAAUCGGAGAAGAAAACUGCCAAUAUUCAGUUUAUCAAGGCUGAAACAAUCAAUGUUAACCCCCCUGCACCUGUUCCUGUUGUGAUUCCUGAGAUAGUGAAAGCUGAUGAUGCCAGUAAAACUGAGAUCGAGUCACUGUCUGAAGUAAUCAUAGAAAAAGUCAGAUUCCUCAGUGAGGGAAAAGAGCCUGUAUCGCCCGUUCAAAUUAUGGCAAUUCAAGUUGAGACUUUAAUGAACGCUUGGCAAGCUAGUUGCCUAUCAGGGAAAUACCUGCUCAACUGGCUGAAUGAGACAUCCAAACAAUUAUCAAGUCUUGAAAAAGAAGCUGCUCCUGGCGGUUGGAAGUGCGAGUGGGACAGAUCUUUCAAUCGAUAUUAUUAUCGAAACUUAGAAACCGGUCGCAUUCAGUGGGAAUAUCCGCUUCCGCUCGCCAACGAAAAUGAGGAAACUAUUGAAGAAGUUGAAAUGGAGCUCUGCGAGACGCCACCUCCUCCAUCGUCUCCACUCCCACAACCUCCCGCAACACCCCCUCCUCCUUCUGAGGAACCACCUCUACCCAAAACACCCCCUCCACCAGUCAUAUCCUUCAGUCCUCCUCCACCACCUGUCAUUUCGGGCUUUAAAUCCAGCGUCAAGAAGACAGUGAACAAAAAAAAAUCAAAGUCUGAAAACCUGUCGAUAGAGCUGCCACCUUUGCCAGAGAAUCCGCCUUUGCCGAAAAAUCCUCCUCCCCCUCCACCAGCAGACGCUCCUCCUCCUCCUCUCCCUCCUCUUCCCCCCUCCGAUCCCAAGAGUAUCAGCGCUCCUUUGCCUCCAAGCUCUGCUGUUGGAACUAAUCAGACACAGAGAAUUUUAAAGGAGUUUAACCAGAAUAACGCUCAAAUCUUUGCAGGUCAGCAACUCCCUCCUCCCCCUCCAUCUUAUCCUCCACCCUCGCCGCAGCAACGCACAUCUGAAUCUCUUAAACCUGCUUUACCGGCAACUCAGCGGCCCAUGUUUCCCUCUGUCUGUGUGUCUGCACCAAGGAGUCUCACCAAUAAAGUACCUGAUAAAAUAUCUCACCAAGUGAUCGAGACUCCAGCAUACUCAGUGCAGCCUGCACAACCUCCACUCCCUCCAUCAGUCACAGACCUAAAUUCAGCUUUGGAUAGCUUCUACUCUGAUAUUGCUAGUUUAGAGGCCAAUGUUCCUGAAGAGACAUCAAAGUCUGAACCUAGUGCACCAUCGUCAGGUCAUAUUGGUGCAAGUGCACCGUUACCAGGACCUACUCCUGCUGAAACUGAGUCACCAAGUCUUCCAAAAAAGAAAAAGAAGGUGAAACUUGCAGCUGGUUUGACGCUAAAGAAGAAGGGUCUUGACUCCCUCGUUGCAAAGUGGGAAAAAGUACAUAAAAGUGUCUGUGAUUAAACCUGUUACUUUAUUUUUAAGUUUUAUUUAUUGAAUGCAUGAAAUUAUUUUUGCCAUCUUGUAAUUUGUGUAAAGUUUUUUAAGUGAAUCUUUUGUUUCCUCGUGUAAAUUAUUCUGACUUUUUAGAAUCGUAUUUUUUGUUGGGUUGUAAACAUGAGUUGUUCUUUAUGAACCUAAUUCAUAAUGAUAUCAAAGCUAAUUAUUGACCCUAAUAAUAAGUGGUUACAACAUUAAUUUUUUUUUUCUAAGGAAGUUUUAUCACCAGUCGAGUGUAUAAAAAAACUAUUUCUAGGAGGAACUUUUCAUGUUUUCAAAUUUUUUUACACCAGUAUCAAGAUGCCUGCAAAGAAUGUUCAAAAUUGAAAUUUUUUUGCGGGCGUCUGAGAUACUAGUAAUAGAAACGGCUUUGCCCCACUAAUUAUUUGCCUCAGGACUGAUAGGAAAAAAUAUGCUUAAAACAAAGGGAACACUUAGGGCUCUUUCAGUGGAAGCCUGUGUUGUUAACAACUAGGAUUGAGUCAGAGAGAAUAGAGGUUUGAUUAAGGCACUUUUCUCACACACCAUGAAUAAAAUUUUCUCCUGCCAGUAAGGUCAUAUGAACCGUAUUUUCUUGCACUCUAAACUUUAAUGUCAGUCACUACUCCAGCGCCACCUGCUGUGAAUACACAUUUGUAUUCAUCAUCAUCAUUCGUGUUAAGUUCGUGUAAUGAUCAGUUUCGUCUAUCUUUUUCAUAUUUAUCCAUCAUCAUUAGCUGGAAUUUCAUUGGUAUUCAUGUUAAUUUCCCUCCUGGCCCUAGAUAAAAUCGUCUUUUUUUAAAUUGAA